GCCGGCGCAUGCGCAGCCUGCGCGGGGAGGCCGCGGGGCUGUCAGGGGCUCGGAGGCCUGAGGCGGCCCGUCCCAGUUCCCGUCCCCCCGCCGGGCUCCCACCCGCUCCGCGCCCUCCGCCUCAGGUUCUUUACUCUUGGAGUAGCUGAGAAGGGACAAUGGGAGUUCAGGGACUUUGGAAACUGCUUGAAUGCGCUGGGAGGCCAAUAAACCCAGAAACGCUAGAAGGGAAAAUUCUUGCUGUCGAUAUCAGUAUUUGGUUGAACCAAGCAAUAAAGGGAGCCAGAGAUCGUCGUGGUAAUUCCGUACAAAAUGCUCACCUCCUCACUCUGUUUCAUCGACUGUGCAAGUUACUGUUUUUCCGAAUUCGGCCUGUCUUUGUUUUUGAUGGAGAGGCACCGCUUCUGAAGAGACAAACCUUGGCUAAGCGAAGACAAAGAAAGGAAAUUGCUAUCAGUGAUUCCAGGAAAACUACAGAGAAACUCUUGAAAACGUUUCUGAAGAGACAAGUUAUCAAAACUGCUCUUACAGGCAAAAGCAAUGAAGCUUUCCCCAGUAUUACACAAGUUCGAAGAGAAGAAAUUGAUGAUAUGUAUGUAUUGCCUUCUUUAGAUGAAGAGAAGAACAGCUCAGAGGAGGAAGAAGAAAAAGAAUGGGAAGCGAGAAUGACCCAAAAACAGAUGUUGCAGGAGGAGUUAUGUGAAAAUCCUCAUUCUGUAGAUAUUGAAUCGGAAGAUUUCAACAACCUGCCUCCAGAAAUAAAACAUGAGAUCUUGACUGAUAUGAAAGAAUUUACAAAGCGAAAAAGAACGUUAUUUGAAGCAAUGCCAGAGGAGUCCAAUGACUUUUCCCAGUACCAGCUUAGGGGUUUACUUAAGAAAAGCAACCUCAAUCGGUGCAUAGAAAAUGUACAAAAAGAAUUGAACCAACAGCACUCAGGUGAAAUCAAAACACAGUAUGAAAAUGAAGGUGGUUUUGUGAAAGAAGUGGAAACUAGGAGGGUAGUCUCUGAAGAUACUUCUCACUAUAUCCUUAUAAAAGGAAUUCAAACAAAAGAAGCUACAAGUAGAGACUUGGAAACUACUGCAGGACCCUCAUCAAAAAUGCUUGAAUUUACUAAAUUGAAGAAGAUCAAUGAAUCUCCUGCUAACACAAAGCUUGUUACAUCUGACAAGUUGCAGACAGAGAAAGAUAACAAUGUGGUGACAGCACCACCCUCUCCUCGGACUUUGCUUGCUAUCCAGGCAGCUAUUAUAGAAAGCAGCUCAGAAGAAGAACUGGGGGAUAAAGAUACAGGACGACAGAAUGUGGACCAAACUGUAACAGAGGAAGGCAGUGUGUCUCCCAGAACAUUAUGGGCAAUUCAGCAAGCUCUGAGUGGUGAUGAUACAAGGGAGGAAGCUGUUACUCUUAGAACAGAUGGAGUGCUACCAGAAAGAUCAGAAGUGAAGGAUUUUCUGCUUAGUAGCUCAGAUGAGGAAGAUGAGAUUCCUGAAAUUACAGAAGGAAAAAAAAUACCUAUAUCUGCAAUUCAUUCGUCAGACCAAGUGAUUAUGCAAGACGCUAAGUUUGAACAACAGAGUCAGGAAUUGAAAAAAAAUCUUAUUACACCCAAGGACACCAGUAUAGCCAGAACUGAAAAUUAUUCUUGUAUUCAUGAUACUGGAAAAGUCAAAGAAGAUGUAGACGAAGAAGAUAAUGGUGCCAAAAUGGAUUUAAAUUCUUUGGGAGUUAAGGAUGUAAACUUGUGCAUGCAGAAGCCAAGCUGUUCCCCUGUAAAAACUAGUAUAGGGGCUUUGAUUCGUGCUGAAACAACAGACCUUUCUAAAAAUGAGGAGAACUUGACAAGUUCUGAAAAUACAGAGGAAGUAAUUUCACAAACAGGAGAGAAUGUAUCUGAGGUACAAAAGGAUAUUAGAUAUUUUGCAGAAGCAAAAGGUCCUGAGGAGGAAAAGGAAGGAAUAUCACAAUCUGAAGACAGUGAUUCUGAUGGAAGCUUUAUUGAAGUGGAUAGUGAAAUCAGCAAUGAGGCUGAGUUUCCUACUAAAUAUGAUGAAAAACUGGGUGAUGAAACAGAACUUCCAGAAGUGGAGACAGACAACCAUGAUAUUGUCACUCAGGACUUGCUGGAGGAGUCUGAUGAAGUGCAGUUGGCAAACGAUCAGAAUGUUGAAAGAGAAGAUGAUGGUAAAGAUGCAGCAGAUGAGUGGCAAGACAUCAGUUUGGAAGAACUGGAAGAAUUAGAAAAUGACCUUUCUGCUGAGCAGAAUAUGCUUCAGGCUCAAAAACAGCAGCAGGAACGUGUUGCUGCUUCCGUAACAGGACAGAUGUUCUUGGAAAGCCAGGAGCUUCUCCGUCUGUUUGGCAUUCCAUAUAUUGAAGCUCCGAUGGAGGCAGAGGCACAGUGUGCUAUAUUGGACCUUACUGAUCAGACCUCUGGGACAAUCACCGAUGAUAGUGAUGUUUGGUUAUUUGGCGCACGACAUGUUUAUAAAAACUUCUUCAGUCAAAACAAAUACGUGGAAUAUUAUCAGUAUGUUGAUUUUCAAAACCAGCUAGGGUUGGAUCGAAGCAAGCUAAUUAAUUUGGCGUACUUGCUUGGAAGUGACUACACUGAGGGCAUCCCAAAUGUUGGCUUUGUAACAGCGAUGGAGAUUUUAAAUGAAUUUCCUGGGCAUGGCUUGGAACCUCUCUUAAAAUUCGCAGCUGGAUCCGUAGUGGAGUGGAGGUUUAUUCUCCCUGAUUUUGUGAGAAGGUGCUGUAGCUUGCUCAUAGAGAAAAGAGACUUGAUGAGUGAGGAAUGGAUGACCUGGAAAGAAACAGACAGUGAGUGGUGGAAUGAGGCUCAGAAGAAUAAGAAAUUGAGACCUAAUCCACGUGAUACCAAAGUCAAGAAGAAACUGCGGGAGCUGCAGCUUUCUUCAGGUUUCCCAAAUCCAGCAGUGGCAGAAGCGUACCUGAAGCCUGUAGUGGAUGAGACAAGGGGUUCAUUCGUCUGGGGGAAGCCUGAUGUGGAGCAGAUCAGAGAAUUCUGUCAGAAUCACUUUGGCUGGACCAGGACAAAGAUAGAUGAAAUCCUUUUGCCUGUGAUAAAACAGCUGAACUUGCAGCAGACUCAGCUUCGAAUUGAUUCAUUCUUCAGGCUAGCACAGCAUGAAAAACAAGCCAUUAAAAGUCAGAGGCUGCGCAGAGCUGUGACUUGUCUGAAGAGAAAAGAACAAGAAGCCGCUGAUGAAAUUCGGGAGGCCACUGCUGUUACGGAGACUGAAUUUAAACAGCAUGAGCAAAGGAAAGGGGAAAGUACUGCAGGCUGCGCAAACCAUCAAGCUGUGGCAACAGAAGUCCAAAGUGGAAAGAGAAGAAAACAUUCAGAUUCCAGAAAAGAACAUUUGUAUGGAGGUGGUUUUAUUGGGAGUUUGCAUCUUUCAGAAACUUCUAGUGACUCCUCAGUAGAGGAAUCGGAAAGCAGAGAUUUAGGCAAAAGCAAAAAGAGGAAAAAUGUCUCUGCAAUGGAGACAGCAGACUAUAAAGAGAAAAAGGGGUGCAGUAGCUCAAGUGAUGAGGAUGAAGAACUGGGAAAUGUAGUCAUGGUGACUGCCAAACCUGUGUUUGAGGCCAGAAAAAAGAAAUCAUGGAGUAAGAGAGGAAGACAAAAGAAAAAGUCUUAAAGAGAAAAAGGUCUUAAAGAGAGACUCCGUGUGUGCAGAUUUAAUGAUUUAAGCUUGUAAAUAUUCUAAUGAAUUUUUGAUAAAAAAAAUAAUAAAUUAUCCCUAUUUGUCACAUAUUUGUCAUGCAUUUUGUGUCCAGAACUUAAAUAGGAGGGAUUUUAAACAACAACAAAAAAAAUUGACCACAUUUAGUCAUAAAGACCUAGAUUGGACUUGAUAGAAGUUCCCAGUUUUGAGAUUUUAAAACUGAGCCAAAAUGUGAUG